AUGUCUGAAGUUAAAUCAGUCGACGGUGAUUCCAAAUUCCCUGUUAUCGCUCAAAUCCCUACAUUCGACAAUGUUGAGGAGCACAGAAAGUGGCUUCUGCAGUAUAUGGCAGCUGCCUUCCGCGUCUUUGCCCGUAAGGGCUUCUCUGUUGGCAUUGCAGGACACAUCUCUGUGCGUGACCCUGAGAAUCCCAACACAUUCUGGCUGAACCCUCUUGGACAGCAUUUCAGCACAAUCAAGGCCAGCGACUUGGUGCUGGUUGAUGAGGAGGGUAACAUUGUAGGCGGGAGUCGCCGCGCAGUCAACAAGGCUGGGUUCCGUAUCCACGGUGCGAUUCACAAGGCUCGUCCAGAUGUAAUUGCUGCUUGUCACACCCAUUCUAUUUAUGGCAAGUCCUAUUCCGCUUUCGGCAAACCCCUUGACAUGAUCAACCAGGAUGCUUGCAUUUUCUACAACAACCACUGUGUUUACAAAGACUUUGGUGGUGUGGUUUUGUCCGCUGGAGAAGGUGAGCAGAUCGCCAAAGCUCUGGGUGACAAUUCUGCCGUUAUCCUUCAGAAUCACGGUCUUUUGACCGUGGGCACAUGUCCCUCCGCUGCAGCAGCUUUGUUCUGCCUUAUGGAGGACGCAUGCCACGCUCAACUGCUUGCAGAUGCCAGCCGUUAUGAACCUAAGAUUAUCAGUGAUGCUGCUGCUGAGUUCACCUACAAGGCCACCUCAGCUCCCGAAAUUUUGCAUGCUGAGUUCAUGCCGGACUACGAGGUUGAGCUCAAGCUCGACAACAGUUUCUUGAAUUAG